CUUAUUAAAUAGAAGUCAAUGGGUGUCAAGUUUAAGGGACAUUCGGAGUACCAGAGUACGUACAAGUGGAAGGACUCGCUCAAGUCAGCCUCCAAUGAGCCGGCCGAAGAGCUAUUAGCUCAGGAAGCGGGAAAACCCUCAUACUACUUGGCCUACACUUUGCAAGAGCCGCCCCUGCAGCACAAGAGGAGGAUCACAGACCCCUAUGUGACCAAUCAGCUGCUGGAGACCACCAAUCCGAGAGAGAUAGAGGAACUCAUCAACGGCUCGCCCAAUCCUGCUACUGAAGCCAGGAGACCAAAGACUAGUGUAAAAUACUCUGAGCCUGCUGGAGCCAAGACGAAACUCAUCGGCCCUGCAGCUGAAACAGCUAUGUCUAAAACAUAUCAAGUGAAAGCUAAACAACCAGCUGUAGCCAAUCCAGAAGUGUUGAAAAAGAAAUCGUUGCCGUCCAAGCAUGAUUACAAACUGUCGCCCCCAAAAGCGCCUCGCUUUGAAAAGUCGGCUCAACCAACCGUCGACUAUCCGCACGCAAAUCCAGAACCCUACUUGGAAGAUGCCAAAACGGAAAUUGUGAAGUCAAGUUUGGAGAAAGGGUUAGACGAUAGCGUCAAAGCCGAAAUUAAGAUGAAAACUAUGGCAGCAUCAGUGGUUCCCAAAGUGAAGCCUCGAGUUUCUGAGUACAGUCGCAAUUUUCCUAAAUGGGAUAACUUCUCUCGUUCCAAGCCAACACUAGAUGAUUCUGAGGUGGUGUUCAAGUCGCACGCUGGUAUUCCGCCAUAUGCCAGCGACUACAUUCAGAGAUCCAGUUCGUACCAGAGGGAGUUCAAGGACUGGAGCAGAAGUGCCUCUCUGGCCAGGAGCAGAAGUCUCGCGGCCAGACCUCAGAGGGCCAGGGAUGACAUUACAGUAGCUGCAAAGUCUGCUUCGAGCAAAAAUAACAAGGAGUUCCAAGAUGUCAGAUUGACUGAAUCUACCACUAAACAUCUGCCCCCACAGGUUCCCCAGUUUCCAAUGAGAAAACUUCGAACUACGUAUAAUUCGAGCUUCAAGGAUAUAACCAGAGCUGAACUCUCCAAAACUGCGCCGGUUGCAUCAGAUGCUAAAGUCAAGGAGACUCCCCUGGUCAAGGAAGUUGGAGACUUGAGACAAAAGGCUGCCUACUACGGAGCAAGACAUCUGGGCACGCACAUAUCCAGAGACCACCUGGGACAGCUCAUAGCCCAGAAUGCCGACAAGUGGGACGACCCUGGAAGUCCUGCUUCUGCGGAAGACAUGGCGGAGAAUGGGGAGCUUGCUAAUGCUUUGGAUUUAGCGAGAAGUGUCAAAGCUGCUGCUCCUAAAAUGAAAACUAGCUACAGUAAACCCGAUCGGCCAGCAGGUCUGCCCAGCAAAUUGCAGCGAUGGGAUUUUGAUCCCGCCAAGAAAGGAGUCAUUCCGUCCGAAGCGGGGAAACAGCGUGUGAACAAAGUGAGCUGCGAUGAAUAUCAAGAGAGUGAAGAAGCGAAUCCGAGAAAUGAACUAAACAUGAAUGACGAACUUGUUCACUCAGAAGAUGUGUCCGAGGACGAAGCCGAUGUAGAGAAAGGAAAAGAAACAAACUUUGACCAGAAGAAGUAUAUUGAACGGUCUUCUAACAAAACAAAAGUUAUAGCUAGUGCUUCCACGAUGAAGGCAGAACGAGAGUACGACUUGAUUCCUGGCAGUAGUCGUAGCUCCGAGGGAACUCCUAGACCUAGAUUUGGAUUACGUAACACCCUGGAGCUAGGACGAGUGCCCACUCCCGAGAUGGGCAAGACGGCGAGCAAGAGCAAAUCGUACUUCCCGAAGAGCAGACACCAUUUGGACAGAACAACUGUGAUCAAACCAGAAUCUGGGAGAGCAGACGACAAUAAGUGUCCGAAGCCCAGAGUGAAAGCCAGACCCAACAGUGCGCGGCCCGAAAUCAAGUCAUCCGAGGAUCACUUUGGAGCUCCUCAGCUUCCCCACCACAAAGUUCAAGCUGAGAAUCGGAAGCCCAAGGAAACGAAUGCAGCCAAACCGGUGCACCCUAAAGCCAAAGUAGACUCGUGGAUUGUCAAGUCUCCUAGAAACCAUGCAAAUACCCAAUAUUCGUUCACACCGGCGAGGUCAUUCGGGCGUCCGACUGGAGAUACGCAUGAAAUUGUUCUGAACACAUCUGCCUCUGAGUCGCCUAGUCCGAUGCCCUUCUCUACAGCUGUGAUUGAGAGACACCAGGGAAACGACGAAGGGUUUGAGGAGGAGGCUGCAAUGGGACUGAAGUACCGCAGUUACGGCGAAAACCGAAUGAGGAAGGCUCAUAAAGACCAUUCAAACAACUACGACAUGGAGUCUCUGAGACUGCCUCUUGACUCAUUAAAAGAAAAAGAUGACUUAGACAAGGUUUCCAUAACGAGUCUGGCUUCAUCCAGAUCCAUGGCAUCGGAAAUUCUAGAGCGGGCCAGGAAUCGAAGAGAUAAACUGAGAGUGAAAUAAACUAAAGCAGAAUGUUCGACUGAGAAUGACAAUUUAAUGAUAAGAAUUUGAAGCAUAUGGAUAAAAUUGUUAAAUUUUCAAGCAUAGGAAUCCAAUUUAAU